GCUCACCAUGCGCGCUGGGGUGCUGCGCCGCAUGUAAGUGUGCCUCUAAAAAUUGACAUGACUGACUCUCUCUCUCUCUCUCUCUCUCCUUCAUCUGGUUAUGAUCGCUCUCCCCCCUCCUCUGGAAUGUAAAUCCUUUAUUCUUAUCUCCCUGUUUCUAAUAAUCUCCUAUAUUAAAAACUCCAAAUAGUACUUCUUUCCCUCUUUUUCUUUUUUGUGGUUGUUUUUUUGGGAUUGAGAAAUUUGAAGAUCGGAUCCAGAAAUCCUUGAACUCAAACCCUAUGCUCCACUCUCUCCAAUAAGCCGAAGAUGCUGUGAGUGUCGCGGAGAGAGUCAUUUCGAGUAGGUUUUCGUAAGAAUAAGAAGGAAGAAUAGGAAGGAAGUAGUAAAAAAUGUCGUCUUCAAACUCGCCGUGCGCCGCGUGCAAGUGCCUCCGGCGGAAGUGCACGCAGGAGUGCGUGUUCGCGCCGUAUUUCCCGCCGGACAAUCCGCAGAAGUUCACGAACGUGCAUAAAGUCUUCGGCGCCAGCAACGUCUCGAAGCUUCUGAACGAGCUGAACGCCAGCCAGCGGGAGGACGCCGUGAACUCCCUCGCCUACGAGGCCGAGUACCGCCUCCGGGACCCCGUCUACGGCUGCGUCGGCCUCAUCUCCCUCCUCCAGCAGAAGCUCAAGCAGGUGCAGGUCGAUUUAGACAAUGCCAAGAAGGAAUUAGCCACGUAUAUCGGGCCGUCGGCGAUGCUGCCGAUUUUGAACCACCCGGGAUACGUGCAGCCGCACUCCAACUACGGGCCCUCCGGCUACCAGAUGUUGCCGUACAAUGUGCAGCCGAUUAUGGGGAUCCCGACGCAUGGGGCGCAGCUCAUGAUCCGGGAGCCGCAGCAGCAGUUUCUCGAGGUGGCCGCGGUGGCGGCGAGAGAGCAGGAGAUGAUGCGGAGCUACGAGCAGCAGCAGCAAAAUCAUGAAUUGAUGAGAUUUAACGGCGGCGGGUUUGAUGAUGGUGGAGGCCCCGUCACUGCCACUGGAUUCAACCAGAUUGGCGGGGGCGGAGCCCCCUCGCUGGCGUUGGGGAGCUCUUACGAAGCCAUCCCUUACCACCAGAUUCAGCAGCAAGAGCAGCAGCAGUCUAAUUACCAUCUCCACCAGCAGCAGCAGCAGCAAGAACUUUUGCUGCAGCAUAGUAAUCAUCAGCCUCCUCCUCCGCAGUCGGCGUCGCACACGCAACAACAGCAGCACCAGCUACGAGCUAAAAGCGAGGAGGAGGAAAGGAGCAUUGGUCCUUCUUGUUAAUUCUGACACUUAGUCGCAAAAUUCAUAUCAAACUGCACAUGCCCUCUGAGCCUUAUUCCUUCAACAAUUUCUUAUUUAUCCAGCAAAGUAUAGACUGGAGCGACAAUAGGAAAGAUGGAGUGAGAGAAGAGAGAGAUAGAGCUAGAGCUGGAGAGGUAUUCACAUGUACGUACAGUUUUAUUUUCUUUUUCUUUCAAUUUUAUGGAUACAUUAGAAAUGUAGGAGCCGCGUUGAUUUCAAUACUAGUGUUCUCUUUCAGUUUAUAUUUUCAAAGGGUUACUUGUUUUUGCCGGAAUCCCACUACACUUUGACAA